AUGACGUCGAGCUUCACUUUAAUCGUUUUUUUUCUACUAUCUCAUGUAGAAGAUCUCCAGACAACACUCACGUACCUCGACAAAUAUCCGAAGGUAGGAUAUCAGUUAGCCCGACUAUACGUGAAAGUUAACGUUCACCUUGUUUCCCUUAGAAUCGACAGUGUCCUCAGCCGAUUGGAUAGCAUCAACGCUGGUGCCGUCACGUUGUUAAACGUUCUCAAAAGACCUAAAAUGACCAAGCAGAACCGUUCUAGUCAAGGAUGUUGCGCUUUCAUUAGUAUCAAGCUUUUCGACAUCCAAAAUGUUACACCAAAAGCUGUCGAUUUCGGGCUGCGCAUCCGAGGUAGUGACUGUGCUAUGACGGGCGUGCUACUACAUUGA